AUGGAAACUCAGCUUCCGCUUCAGAAACUGGCUGCCGGCAAGACCCCCAAACUCAAAUCCUGGAUUAAGGAGAAUAUCAAGAAGAAGGAAUGCUGCUUCUACGUACAGACUGAGAGUAUUACUGGUGGUUGGGCGGGUGCCUGGAUCAUCACUGGGGGCACCCACACUGGGGUGAUGAAGCAUGUGGGGAUGGCCGUGCGUGACUACACCCUCAGCAGCAAUCCUGCCCGAGGGGAGAUUGUGGUCAUCGGAGUGGCCACCUGGGGCACCGUGCACAAACACCAGUCCCUCGUACACCCUGAGGGCUGUUUUCCUGCCCACUACACACUGGACGAGCGGAGCCAGGGCCGGCUCUCCUGCCUGGACAGCAACCACUCACACUUCCUGCUGGUGGACGACGGAACGCAUGGCCACUACGGCGUGGAGAAUCGCCUGCGCAGCCGCCUGGAGAAGCACCUGGAAAACCGAGAAAGUGAUGUGAAGAUCCCUGUUGUGUGUGUGGUGUUGGACGGAGGACUGGACACUCUGAAUACCAUCUACAGUGCCAUGCGGAACGGCACCCCAUGUGUGGUUCUGGAAGGCUCGGGCCGGUUGGCAGACGUGAUUGCUAACGCGGCCAGGAAGCCCGAAUCACAGGUCACCCCGGCUCUGAUCCAGAGGCACAUGAAAAGUUUUUUCGGACAGGAGUACGAAAGCUGCAAAGACAAAGUCAACGAGUGGGUCAAAAAGAUCCAGGACAUCAUCAGGAUGCCACAUCUGACCGUGUUCAGCAUGGACAAGGACAAGAACAGUGACGUGGACGUGGCCAUCCUCCAGACCAUCCUGAAACAGGGUGUGUUCAGUGAGUGCCAUUGCGAGAAUGACCAGCGAUCCCAGACACUUCUGAUCCGAAUCUCACCAUCUUGGGGCGAAACCACAUGUCUACACAUGGCAGUGCAGGCGGACGACAAGAGCUUUGUGGCACACUCAGGGGUUCAGGCUCUUCUCACCCAGAUCUGGUUUGGAAAGCUGGCUGUGGAUACCCCUUUUUGGAAGAUCCUCCUCUGCAUGCUGUUCUUCCCACUCAUUUACACUGACUUCAUAACCUAUAGGCAGAGUCAGCAUCAUGGGAGGGCCUUACGGGGCCAGGCCCGUCCAAAAAGAUUUGACAAGGACACUGAGAGGGAGGCCAUGAUGAAUGAGAAGACAGCAAGCUUGGCCGAUAUCUGCGAUCCUCAGGACAGUGACGAGCUGAAGCCGCUGAGCUGCCGAGCCAGACUGGGGAGCUUCUACGCAGCCCCACAGGUGAAGUUCUUCUGGAACAUCGCCUCCUACUUUGGGUUCCUGUUCCUGUUCUCCAUCGUGCUGAUGAUCGACUUCCAGUCCACGCCGUCAUGGAGGGAGUGGCUGCUCUACGUCUGGGUGACCUCUUUAGUGUUUGAGGAGGUCAGACAGCUUUUCGAUGAUCCGGAUGGAUUUGGGUUUCGAAAGAAUGCCAGGAUGUAUAUGAAUGACCGGUGGAACAUUCUAGACAUGGCUUCCAUCCUGCUCUUCAUCGCUGGUCUUGCCUGCAGGUGGAUCAGCAGUGCAUUUUAUGCGGGAAAGGUCAUCUUCUGCAUUGAUUUCAUCAUCUUCUCUCUGCGACUCAUGGCCAUCUUUACCAUCAGCAGGACCCUGGGCCCGAAAAUCAUCAUUGUCAAACGGAUGAUGAUGGACCUAUUCUUCUUCAUGAUCAUGCUCAGUAUCUGGGUGGUGGCCUACGGGGUGGCUAAACAGGGCAUUCUGAUCCACAACGAGGAGAGACUGGACUGGAUCUUCAGAGGAGCUGUGUAUGAGCCCUACCUCAUCAUAUUCGGCAAUUUCCCAACCAAUAUUGACAAAGCUGAGUUUGACAUGCCCACCUGCACUGUGAAUGGCACUGACCCGAUGCUACCAAAAUGCCCUAUGCUCAAUGCCAACCAAAUACCAGCGAUUCCCGAGUGGCUGACCAUCAUCAUGCUGUGUGUUUACCUUCUCUUUGCCAAUAUCCUGCUCCUCAACCUCCUCAUUGCCAUCUUCAACUACACAUUUCAGGAGGUGCAGGACAACACCGACAAAAUCUGGAAGUUCCAGAGGUACGACCUGAUUAAGGAGUAUCACAGUCGCCCAGCUCUGCCCCCUCCCUUCAUCCUCCUCAGCCACCUCCUCCUCCUGUUCAGGCGCUUUGUCAUGCGCCAGCACCCCCAGAAGCACAAGCAGUUCAGGAAACGUUUGUCUAAAACUGACGAGGAGGAGUUGAUGUCAUGGGAGGCCAUCAUGAAGGAUAAGUACUUGGCCACCCAGCUCCAGAAGACGAGUGAGAGCAUGGAGCACCGCAUCCUGGCCAUGGCUGACCGGGUGGCCUCCAUGUCAGAACUGCUGGAGAGAGAGCAUGACCGGGGCACCACGGCAAAGCGGCUGGUUCAGCUGGAGGAACAGGUCUCCCAGUCCGCUAAAGCAUUGCAAUGGAUCAUGGACACCCUAAAAGCCCAAGGUUACCAAUCCAAAGAGGAGCCUCCUACCAUGUGUGAGUGA